AUGAGAGUAUCUUCUCGCCCACGCUGCUCACGCGCCGCACCGUCGCUGCCCGACUGCCCAGUCCCAUCUUCCUUCUCGCCGCCUAUACACGCUCCAGGACACAAGAACAAGAUGAGUCGUUUAGGCCGGACCCGACGCACACGCGUCUACGAUUGCAACUUCGACAAAGGCGAGAGCUAUUACCGUCCAGUGUUGGACCGGUUGGACGGCAAGACACCCGUACCACGGGCUUCUGAACCGGACCGUGACCGUAUCCGGGCUGAUGUCGAGAACCGUAUAAAGAGCGCUUUGGAUGACGUGGAAGCUCCAGUCGACGACCUGUUUGACUCUAGGGGUGCGAGGGUACAGAGAGGCAGGCCCCUGUCCUCUGCAUUUGACACCGAGGAACUGUCUGAAGAUAUCGCAGAAUCCCUGAAGCGCCUGCGUGCUGGCAAAAAAACAUCCCGCUUCGCUGAGGACAUUGACUUCGAGAGCAACGUUGCUAACCUGGAAAACCGUAUGAGGAUCUCUGACAAAAUCCUUGAAAGCGUAGGCAUCGGCCAAUCGGAAGUCAGCGGCGCCAGGAGAGCCCUGCAGGAGAACGAGGAACGCACAGAGAAACGCAUCGCGCGCAGAUUAAAUGAAGAGAACUCGCUAACAAAAUGGACAGCACUUAAAUCCGACGACGAGACUGCGGCCGCACAGCGAGCAAAAGUGACAAGAGCGCGUUUAAAUGACCUGGAGGACGAGAUGAACGAACUGAGCGAAAGGACUGCCAUGAGAGAAAAGCGCGCCGCUCGCCUGCGAGCCCUCGUCGCCGACACUGAAGCCGCCGAUACGACUGUCGCCGCCUCCAAGGUCACCAUCAGAUCCGAAAGGGAAAAGAAGCAAGUCACUUUUUAAACAAACGUAGCUAUCUUGUUACGCUCUCAUCACUCUUGGCUCUAAAACUGCUUGUUUUAGGACACAGUGAGUUCUCUUCGUUACGAGAUAGAUAAGUUUGCUAGAAUGUGUGAUCCUGCAUUUGCCUAUGUACAGUCAUCGAAGCUGAUGUCUAUUUUAUAUUUGAAUAGAUUGAAAUGAAAUGCUAUGUAUCGCCCUGUUUUCUAUUUAUUAAAGAGUUAAUAGAAUAAUUUUACAAUCAAUAUUCGU